AUCUAAUAAACAAAUAAUAAAAAAAUAGAUUAAGAUAAAUUUAGUUUACAUUUUCACAAUAAAAAUUUAUCUCUGAAUGCUAGUAUUAUAUUAUAGUUAUUACCUAUUCUAUUUGCUUUGUCUGACUUUCAACUUUUAAAUAAAAUGUCUAGGAUUUCAUCAAAGGAGUAUUUUACCCCGACAUUUAUAAUGUCAUCUGUGCAGCGGGCUUUUACUCAAAAAUUGAGUAAACAGCAUGCAGCUGACGUUAGACGUCAGAUUGCUACAUCUACCUCAUAUUCACGUGAUCUGUCAAAGAGUGGCAGCUCAUUCUCAGGCUUUUCUUCCACGAUGUCACUAUGUGAGGUAUUAGAGCCACUAGACUACGAAGAAUUUUUGGCUCAACAUCAGUCAGUUCUUGACCGUGAUCCUCUUAAAUCAAUAUUAGAUUUUCCACCUGGUGAUGUUGAAUUAAAAAUUGUAAAAAGAAAAAUCAGAACAGAGGAACCAAUCGUGCCUCAUGAAUCUAUGGAUAUAGUAUCUCCUUAUGUCAGAAGAUGUAUUGAAAGUUUCACUUCAGAUUGGGUAAUAGUACACAGAAAAUAUAAACGUCGAGUUUCUCCCAUAGCAAGAGACAGACUUCUUCAGGAUACUCCAAGACAAGAUUUCGAGGUGGAUCAAGAGGAUACAAAUGGUUCAGGAUCACCAAAUGAAGAGGAAGAUUUAUCUAAUUGUGGAGAUACACCAAGAGGAUCCUGGGCAAGUUUAGAUUUAAGACAUUCGCAACAUGAUCCCCUUCUUCCCAGCUUAUUGGACAGAGUUUGUCCAGAAACCAUUGAUCAAAUGAACGAGCAAAAACGAUCAGAAGAUCGUCAAGAAGCAUUAUUUCCACUUUAUGCACCUCCAGCUUCUCCUGAUGAUGAGUGGCAGGAAAUUGGCAUAGCACCAGAACCUACAGAACCUUUUUCACAUAAAAUUCUUGUGAAAUGUCUCCAACUGAAAUUGGAAUUGGAGGUUGAACCAAUAUUCGCGAGUUUAGCUUUAUACGAUGCCAAAGAAAAGAAGAAGGUAUCUGAGAACUUUUAUGUAGACAUGAAUUCGGAAGGCUUAAAAAGGAUGCUUGGUAGUCAUAUUGCAUACAGUGAUGCCAGUACUUUAGCAAGAAGCUGUGUUAUGAGUAUUAGCAAGCCUAGUCCAGAUUUAUUUUUAGUCGUUAGACUUGAAAAGGUAUUGCAAGGUGAUAUCUCUGAAUGCGCUGAACCAUAUUUACGUGAAGAUAAAAACAAAGAAAAAGUAAGGGCAGCUGCUGCAGCUGCAUGUGAGCGUUUAGGUCGAUAUAGAAUGCCACUUGCAUGGACUGCCAUUCACAUUUCUGGUGUGAUAGGAGGAGGUGGAGAUACAGAUAGUACAGGAAGUGCUGGAUCUUUAGACAGAAAAUCGGGUGGACUGGAACAAUGGCGUAAAAAAGUGGAACCGCCCGCCAGAAGAGGAUCUUUAGAAAGAAGAAGUUCAGAUAAAAGACGUAGUUGGUCGCCAGACGAUUUUGCUAAUUGUCUUGAUACAUUUAGGCCUAUUACAUUGACUGUUUCAAGUUUCUUUAAACAAGAAAGUGAACGACUGAGAGACGAAGAUUUAUACAAACUUUUAGUCGAACUACGGAGACCUGGUUCUAAUUUAAAGAGAUUAAAAUGUCUACCAGGUAUACUAAAAUUGGACCUUAGUCCUAGACCAGAAGAACUGCCUAGAUGUUUGGAUCCUGAUCUCAGAAGAUUAGUGCCAUAUCCUGAUGAAAAAAGUCGGCCAGUCAAAGAAAUACUUGAAUUUCCGAGCGAAGUUAUUUCGCCAGAUUUGACGUAUCGAAAUCUCCUAUACAUUUAUCCAAAGGAAGCAAACUUCAGUUCAAGAACUGGUUCUGCACGAAACAUCGCCGUAAGAAUUCAACUUAUGGGUGGUGAACAGGAGGCUGAUGCACUAACAGCUAUUUUUGGAAGAUCAUCGUGUCCCGAAAUGACUCACGAAUGCUUCACUUCCGUUUCUUAUCACAAUAAGAAUCCAAACUUUUACGACGAAGUGAAAAUUCGACUUCCUGCUGAUUUGAGUGCAAAACAUCAUUUGCUAUUUACGUUUUAUCAUAUUAGUUGCCAGAAGAAGGCGGAACAACCGAAUGUUGAGACUGCUGUAGCAUAUACGUGGUUGCCACUUUUGAGAGAUGGACAUCUACAAUCAGGGGAAUUCAGUCUACCCGCGAUGCUGGAUCCACCACCAGCAAAUUAUUCAUAUAUUGCACCUGAUGUUCUUCUACCAGGUACAAGAUGGGUGGAUGCUCAUAGAGGCGUUUUUACUGUGAUUUUGGAGCCAGUUUCUAGCGUUCAUCCUCAGGAUAAAUACAUUGAUAGAUUUCUAUCACUGUGUGGUUUCUUGGAAACUGGCCAAGUACCUCCACGCAUUGGUGAAGCAGGGAUGGAAUCGGAAUUAAAAUCAGCGCUAUUGGAAUUGGCAAGAGCAUCACAUUCUGCUUUGGUACGAUCGCUACCUCAAUUGCUAGAUCAAUUAAUAUCCCUAUUAGUGCGACCUCCAACACUACCAUCUCAACCACUGAAUGUGGCAGCAACCGUAUUCGAGGCUAUAGGUUUGCUAGUACGAAAUAUUACCAAUCUACCUGAUGGUCAAUUAGAUGCUCACGGAAGACACGCGCUUCUAGCAACCUAUAUUGCUUAUCAAUGCUCUUUACCAAGGAUGACACAUGCUCCUGGUAUUGUUCGAGCUCAAAGCAACCCUGACCUGCCUCUAGAAGAUUUAGAAAUGGAGGUACACUCUAGAGGAUUGGAUCGAACAGCCUCUAUGCGUCAAGAAUCGCCUUCUAUAAAUAGCCAACCUACCAGAAGGCUUCUACACGAAGAACUAGCGUUACAUUGGGUUGUAUCGACAGGACAGGCACGAGAAUUGGCUGUUACAUAUUCAUGGUUCUUCUUGGAAUUGAUCGUUCGCUCUAUGGUUGUGACAUUAGCAGAAAUGGGAAUGUUGGAGGCUCCCCGAAAGACGAGAUUCUCUCCCCAGUUCUGUGAUGACGUGGCAACACUUACUGCAACGUUGACUUCAGAGGUGACUUCACGAUGUGGAAAGGAGAACAGGGUACCCAAUAAUCUAAUAUCAAGUCUAGGCAACUUUCUUUCUGAUCUACUAUCAGUGAUGGACCGAGGAUUCGUUUUGUCCCUAACUCGUGCUGCCUGUUGCUCUCUGUCAGAUGCAUCUAUGCACAUUCCCGAUUCAGCUGCACUUUACGCGUUGAAAUUGGACCUUGUACGGACAAUAUGCUCUCACGAGCAUUACGUGGCACUCAAUUUGCCGUUUGGAACUGGAUAUACGUCGGGAUCGGCGCCAGCUUCUCCCAGUCCAUCAACUGGAAGUUCUGGCAGUCUGAUAUCUACCUUAGUACCUGGAGAUCGAGCUAGAUUUUCUGAGCUCAGUCAGGAGUUCCGACAGCAACACUUUUUAGUAGGAAUUGUUUUAUCAGAUUUGUCGAAUACUCUAGAAAUACCAAAUCCUAUGCUUCAAAACAAAGCUAUUGGGACCAUUCGACAUCUUAUGGCGUGCCAUGACGUUGAUUCACGAUAUUCUGAUCCUGCUGCAAAAGCUAGAGUCGCUGCUCUCUAUCUGCCACUUUUGAAUAUUAUAAUGGAUGCUCUACCACAACUCUAUCAUUGGGAUUCAAAGGACAAGAGCGUUUAUCCAGACGAAUCUGGUUCUAUUACACAAUCUGUGGCUUUAGCCAUAGCUGGUGGAGUUUCUGCAGACACUGCAGGGACUCAAUGUAGAGUUUCCUUGAGUUCAGAGGCUACAAGACAUCUCUUGAUGUGUGUCUUGUGGGUGCUUAAGGGGUUGGAACAGUCUGCUUUAGCACAGUGGUGCUCAGAACUAAGUUCUAGACGUAUACUGUGUCUUCUUCAAGUUCUCAAUAUUGCCACUGCAGCUUUUGAAUAUAAAGGGAAAAAGGCGCUGAAGAGACUGCCUCCACAGGCGGCAGCUACAAGUGAUAUUCGAUCUAGAUUGGAGGAUGUGAUUCUUGGCCAAGGAAGCGCCAGAAGCGAGAUGAUGUUGAGAAGAAAAGAGAGAAUGAGUGGGGACAAACUUAGGUGGCGUAAAGAUCAGAUGCCUUAUAGAUCCUGCGAACAGUCAGAAGGCAGAGCUGUGGAGCAAGAUGCUCAUAUAGAAGGUGCGUUAGCAGCAGAAGCUUCUCUGGUAGUUUUGGAUACUUUAGAAACAGUUGUCCAAGCUGAUGGAGGAGGAGGUGCGGUUGUAGGAGCCGUAUUAAAAGUGCUUUUGAGAGCAUUAGCAAGAAAUCAGAGCACAUCUGUGUUACAACAUAUGUUUAAUACCCAGAGAGCUUUGGUAUUUAAGUAUCAUAGUGCUCUGUUUGACGAGGAAAGCGAAAGAUGCGGUGAUCUGUGUUUGACAUUACUCACUAGAUGCAGCUCACCUCUAAGUGCUGUUCGGAGUCAUGCUGCUGCCAGUCUUUAUUUAUUAAUGAGGCAAAAUUUCGAAAUUGGAAAUAAUUUUGCCAGAGUUAAAAUGCAAGUCACCACGUCCUUGUCUGCCCUUGUUGGAAGAGGGAGAGCUCCUAGUGAAGGAGCACUUAGGAGAGCAUUAAAAACAGUGUUAGUAUAUGCUGAAAGGGAUACAGAAUUAGCAGACACAAGCUUUCCAGAACAAGUGAAGGAUCUUUUGUUCAAUCUACAUAUGAUUCUGUCUGAUACUGUUAAAAUGAAGGAAUUCCAGGAGGAUCCAGAAAUGCUUUUAGAUCUCAUGUAUAGAAUUGCAAAGGGAUAUCAAGGUUCACCAGAUCUUAGACUCACAUGGUUGGCAAAUAUGGCUCAGCAGCAUAUGGAAAGAAAGAAUCACACAGAGGCAGCUAUGUGUUUAGUGCACAGUGCUGCUUUAGUAGCAGAAUAUUUACACCUCUUGGAGCCAGGAGGUGGCGGGCGACCAGUAGGAGCUGUUGCUUUAGCUCCUAUCACACCAAAUGCUUUAGAAGAGAGUGCAGUAGGAGAUGAUGUACUGGCAAGAAGAGAGGAAGGUUUAUGUUUAGGACCGGAUUUUUCAGAAAGUGGUUUAGCUGGUUUGCUGGAACAUGCUGCCAGCUCUUUUCAUACAGCUGGAAUGUAUGAAGCUAUUCCUGACGUAUAUAAGGUGCUGCUUCCAAUAGCAGAAGCCGCACACGAUUACAAAAAAUUAGCUAAUAUUCAUGGAAAACUUCAUGAAGCAUAUACACGAGUGGAACAAUUAGCGGGAAAACGAGUAUUUGGAACAUAUUUCAGAGUUGGAUUUUAUGGUGGGCGUUUUGGUGAUCUUGCUGGUGAAGAAUUCGUUUAUAAAGAACCGACUUUGACAAAGCUACCAGAGAUAUUCUCGAGGCUCGAGAAUUUCUAUGCUGAACGAUUUGGCGCGGAAAAUAUUGUAAUAAUAAAAGAUUCGAACCCUGUAGACUCCAGCAAGUUAGAACUAGAUAAAGCCUAUGUUCAGAUCACAUAUGUGGAACCAUAUUUUGAACCACAUGAGCUUAGGCAUAGACCAACUAUUUUUCAUAGAAAUUUUAAUAUUAAGCGAUUUGUGUAUGCAACGCCAUUUACUCCUGGUGGUAAAGCUCAUGGAGAAUUAAGAGAACAGUGCAAACGUAAAACUAUACUAACAGUAGCUACACACUUUCCUUAUCUAAAGACAAGGAUUCGCGUGGUUGCUAGGAAGCAAAUAGUUUUAAGUCCAAUUGAAGUUGCAAUUGAAGAUAUACAAAAGAAAACUGCAGAGGUUGCAGCAGCUACAGCUCAAGAACCACCUGAUGCAAAGAUGCUACAGAUGGUUCUUCAAGGUUGCAUUGGAACAACAGUUAAUCAAGGUCCUGCAGAAGUUGCUGUUGUGUUUCUUUCUGGUUUAAGGGAACAGAAUGCACAGCCCACUCGACUGCAGCAUAAAUUACGCCUAUGUUUCAAGGAUUUCUCAAAGAAAUGUCUGGAUGCUUUGAAAAGAAACAAAAAUUUAAUUGGGCCAGAUCAACGAGACUAUCAACGAGAAUUGGAAAGAAAUUACCAAAGAUUAACAGAAAGACUUUCUCCUCUUAUUGCAUGGAGUGGACCUUCAUUAACAAAUCAACAAAGUAUACCAUCAACAUCACCUCGUUGGUAAAAUGGCUGAAUACUGCUAAUCAACAGUUACCAAAGAUCACUGAUGCAAGUAUUUAGUGUUCAUAAAAUAUCAGCAGCAUGUGCUCUUAUAUAGACAUACAUAUUAUAUUUAUAUCCAUUCAUUUUUUAUAAGGAUAAAGCAUUUUGAUCUGCUGGUAUCAAAGUGUCUGCCUUAGACAGUUUAAAAAUAUAAGACUAGAUCAAAAUAUAAGAUUAGAUCAUUAUUAUUAAUUCAGAACGAUUAUUAAGUAGAGAAGGGGAACUUAUUUGAGACAACAGACUUUUUGAUAAUAAUAAAAUGAAAGCAUUAUUUCUUAUAGAAAUAACUCAUUUUUUCAGACAGAUGAUACAGACACAUGGGAAUUGAUAUUUUGCUUUUCAUAGUCUUUUUAUACACUGCUUUUGACUAAACAUUACAUAGUGACAAUUAACAUAGUAGGUAAACAAGAAUGUCAAUACUAAAGUUAUAACAAUAAUUUUUUAUCUAACCGUCUUUUCAAUAAUUGUAUUUUGUAAUUAUAUUUAACAUGAAUUUAUUUACUGUG